GUCACAUGUGAGGAUGAAAGAUGGCGGACUCGGAGAUAUGUGUCAGGAGUAGUCGGCAAUUAUGGACCAUUCUGCUUGGAAGAUCUGCCCUGAGAGAACCCGCCCAGAUCGAGGCAGAGUUGGAGAGACACUGGGAAAGGCUACUUCAGGGGCUGAGCUAUUACAAGCCACCCAGCACAUCAUCUGCAGACAAAUUGAAAGCUGACAAGAAUGUAGCUGCGUCAAUGAAGGAGUUUGGCCUCAGGAUCAGCAAGCUACUGGCUCUGGAUGAGCAGCAAAGUGUGCAGAUUUUACAGUCUUACCUGCAGGAGGACUACAGAGGAACCCGAGACACACUCAAGACGGUGCUACAGGAUGAGCGGCAAAGUCAGGCUUUACUUCUGAAAAUUGCAGACUAUUACUAUGAGGAGAGGUUGUGUCUUCUACGCUGUGUGCUCCUCCUCCUCACAUACUUCCAAGAUGAGAGGCAUCCUUACAUGACUGAGUAUGCUGCCUGUGUUGGCAAGCUGGAGAAAGACCUGGUGUCCAAAUACCGGCAGCAGUUUGAGAAUCUAAUCAAAGCUGAGGCACCAACAUGGGAGACUCAUGGGAACAUGAUGACUGACGGGCAGGUGUGCCGCUGGUUCAGGCAGUGCUUGCGUGAGCAGGCGCUGCUGCUGGAGGUCAUGUUCCUCUACUACGCCUACUUCGAGAUGCCAUGCACCGAGCUGCUCAGCUUUGCUCGCCUCUUCAAGGAGUUGGGCUUCGGCCGACGCCAGACCAACAGACACCUGGUGGACAAGAGCAUGGACCCUCUAGUGGACCGUAUCGGAUAUUUCAGCUCGUUGAUCCUGGUCGAGGGAAUGGACAUUGACUUCCUCCAUAAGUGUGCUCUGGAGGACCGCACGGACCAGCACCAGUUUCACAACACCCCUGAGCUCUGCAAGGAGAUGGACCAGAUGCUGGUGACGUUUGGGGACAUCCCUCACCACGGUCCCGUGCUGCUGGGCUGGGUGCUACUGCGCCACACACUCUCGCCUGAAGAGGGCGCCGCCGCUGUCACUCGCCUCGGACACAUCACGCUGCAGCUCACCGUCUUCAGCUACCUCACCGACAUGCUGCAGGCCCUCGGCUCCACCGGGAACAACUGUACGGCCAGCACUGCUCGAAUGUGCAUCUACGGCCUCCUCUCCUUCGUCAUCACGUCAUUUGAAGAGGACACCCUUGGCAGCCAACAGCACCUGGUUAAUGCCGUGUGUGAAGUGUUGGCUGCACCCAGUCUGGCUGAACUCUUCUGGGAAUCGAAGCCCAACAUGGGCCUGGGGAUGAUCCUGGACAGUGCAGUGGGCGUGUUCCCCCACAAGCCACGCCCUCUUCUCCAGCUCCUCACCGCUCUACUGUCAGACAAGCCUACAGCCAAAAAGGUGUACGUGUUCUUGGAUAAGAUGUCCAUCUACACAGAAGUUUACAAACACAAGCCCAACGAUGUCGAGUCCAGCGACGACGAAACCAUCUGGAGAAGAAAAGCCCCAAAGCUCAUCUACCCAUUAGGCUCGGGGCAGACUAACCUGCGUAUGCCCCUGGGUGUGUUGGGCCAGGCGUCUGUGAGCCCAGAUGGCUUCGUGGUGCGCUGGGAGUACAACUACUCCUGCUGGAGCCUCUUCACCUGUGAAAUAGAGAUGCUUCUGCAUGUGGUCUCUACUGCAGAUGUGCUGGUGCACUGUGAGAGGGUGAAGCCCAUCCUGGACCUGGUUCAUCAGGUGAUCAGCACGGACUGGAGUGUGUCGGACUGUCUCCUCCCGCUCACCUCCCGGAUCUACAUGCUGCUGCAGAGGCUCACUUCCGUUAUAACACCGCCUGUUGAUGUCAUCACGUCCUGUGUGAACUGCCUCACGGUGCUCGCUGCAAGGCAGCCUGGGAAGGUUUGGUCCAGUCUUCACCACACUGGUUUCCUGCCUUUCACUUCCUCUCCUCUUACAAACAUGGCCCAAUGUAUCAGUGCGGAUGGGAUGCGAGCUGGUAACUAUGGCAACUUGUUGGUGCUGAUAGAACAGCCUCGUGGAGAGUAUGCUGUGACCAUUGCCUUCCUGAAACUAGUCACUACGCUCGUGAAGGGUCAGUUGGGCAGUACCCAGAGCAGGGGUCUGAUCCCCUGUGUGUUGCUGGUGCUGAAGGAGAUGCUGCCCACCUACCACAAGUGGCGCUACAACACCUACGGAGUCCGAGAGAGGAUUGGAUGUCUUAUUCUGGAGCUGGUUCACGCCAUCCUCAACUUGAGUCCAGAGGGAGAGGCCCAGGACAGUGCUCCCAGUCUGCAGGCUCUCUGCAUCUACAGUCUGGCCAACACGGAAGCAGGACAAGCGGUCAUCAACAUCAUGGCCGUCGGGGUGGACACCAUAGACAUGGUGCUGACCGCUCAGCCCAGCAGUGGGGGGAAUGAGGGUCCAGGCCAGGUGCUGAUCCAAACAGUGAAGCUGGCCUUCUCCGUCACCAAUAACGUAUUACGCCUCAAACCCACCUCUGACACCAUGUCACCUCUGGAGCAGGCCCUCACACAGCAUGGUGGCCACGGGACGAACCUAAUAGCGGUGCUGGCCAAGUACAUCUACCACAAACACGACCCUGCCCUGCCCCGUCUCGCCAUACAGCUGCUCAAGAGACUCGCAUCGGUGGCGCCCAUGUCCGUGUACGCGUGUCUGGGCAGUGACGCGGCGGCCAUCCGAGACGCCUUCCUGGCGCGCCUGCAGAGCCACACGGAGGACAUGCGCAUCAAGGUCAUGAUCCUGGAGUUCCUCACCGUCGCCGUGGAGACGCAGCCCGGCCUCAUCGAGCUCUUCCUCAACCUGGAGGUCAAGGACGGCAGCGAGGGGUCAAAGGAGUUCUCUCUGGGGAAGUGGAGCUGCCUGGCGGUGGUGCUGGAGCUGCUGGACUGUCGUCAGCAGGGCCAGUACUGGUGCCCUCCCCUCCUGCAGCGCUCGGCCCUGGCCUUCCUGCACGCACUCUGGACCGACCGCAGGGACAGCGCUCUGUGUGUGCUCCGAACCAGAGAGAAAUUUUGGGAAAAUCUGACCACUCCCCUGUUUGGAACACUACCCUCCAACUCUGACACACCAGAGCCCUGUGUUCUGGAAUCAUGUGCCUUUGUAAUGAAGAUCAUUGGUCUGGAGAUCUAUUAUGUUCACAGAGACUCGCUGGAGGCGUCUCUGAAGUCGGUGCUGCAGCGCUUGUCCAGCCAGCGGCGCUAUGAGUACUGGUCGGACUGUGUGCGCUCGCUGGUGUGUGGCGUGUGUGAGGACGACAGCCUGCGCUCGCUCAACGAGACGCAGACGCUCAUCUCCGCCUGGAGGACUCUGCUCAUCCUCUCCACCAGCCACUCGGACAUGAUGCAGCUGACAGAGGACACAGUGCGGUGUAAACUCUUCAUGGACGUCCUGGAGGGAACUAAAGCAGCUCUGAUGCUGCCUCAGUCUCUGCCCUGCCUACGGUUAGGCUCCAUGAUGACCACCCUGCUGCUCAUUCUGCUCAAACAAUGGAAGAGUGAGCUGGGCUCGGCGCCCCCCCUGCUGCCCUCGCUGUCUCUGAUGCUGGAGUCGGUGCUGCAGGCCGACCCCCGGCUCAUGGAGCGGACCAAGGCCAAGCUCUUCUCCUGCCUCCUCUCCACCCUGCAGAUCCAGGGCCUCAACGGUGGCGAGAUAUCCCAGCUGCCCCAGCUGCUGCUGUGCGUGUGCGAGACCAUCCAGGACGAGGCGCUGGCUUUGAUUGACAGCACGCGUCACAUGACCCAGAGCGCCGAGGUGCAGGAGGACUCCAUGGAGACGGACGCGCCGCGCAACCUCCAGACGGACCAGCGAGACGGCGUGUGUGUGUUGGCGCUGCACCUGUGUAAGGAGCUGUGUCUGGCGGACGCGGACGGGGAGCAGUGGCUGCUGGUGGUGCGGAAGCUUCCGGUGCUUCCGUCGGUGCUCAGCGCCCUGGAGCUCAGCCUGCGCUCCAACAAGAACCUCUACUUCACCGAGAGCGCCCUGCACCUGCUGCUCACGCUCGCCAGGACCCCGCAGGGGGCAGCAGCAGUUGCAGGAGCCGGAGUUCUGCAGAGCAUCUGCCUGCCUCUGCUCAGCGUGUAUGAGGGACCAACCAACGGAUCGUCUCAGGCGUUCUCACGGCGCGCCCAGGAUGCCCCGUGCUGGCCCGGCGUCUACAGGCUGUGUGUGUGUCUGAUGGAGUCUCUGCUCAAGACGCUCCGCUACAGCUUCAUCAACGAGGCCCUCGACUUUGUAGGGGUGCACCAGGAACGCAUUCUACAGUGUCUAAACGCAGUGCGGACGGUGCAGUCCCUGGCGUGUCUAGACGAGGCCGACCACACCGUGGGCUUCCUGCUGCAGCUCUCUGUCUUCACCAAAGAGUGGCAGUUUCACCUGCCCCAGCUGCUCAGGGACAUCCAGGUGAAUCUGUGUUACCUGUGUCAGACAUGUACAUACCUCCUACAUAGCAAGAAGAUGCUGCAGCACUACCUCCAGGCUAAGAACGGCGAGGCUCUUCCCCCGGGUCCUCUGCCCGUGGCGCGGGCUCAGCGCGCAGGGCCGGCCGCCUCCAAGGGCUCGGCGACGGCGGACGAGCGCGAGGAGCUGGAGCAGAAGGCCGUGCAGGCGGUGCAGUGCAGCCUGCUCAAGAUCCUCAGCAAGACCCUCAACACGCUGCAGCACUUCACCCCCGACUGCUGCCAGAUCCUCCUCGACCAGUGCAUGGACCUGGCGGAGUACAGGACUCUGUUCGUGUUGAGUUUCUCCCCGGCGUUGGACUCCGACUCCGCACCUUCCUUUGGAACCCUGUUGGCCUCCAUCAACGUGGCUCUCAACAUGCUGGGAGAGGUGGAGAAGAAGAAGGAGCCAGCAUCAGCAGUCUCCACGGAGGAAACCCAAGCCCUUAAGUCCCUGCUGAUGUUCACGAUGGAGAACAGCGUGUGUGUGCUCAUCUCUCAGGCCGUGCGCUGUCUGAAGGACUCGGCUGUGCCACCCAGGGACAAGCAGCGCCUCAAGCAGGAGCUCAGCUCUGAACUGAGCACGCUCUUCUCCUCCCUGUCCCGUUUCUUCCGCCGGGGCUCCCCCUCCUCUCCGGCUGGUGGGCUGCUGUCGUCGCCCCAGACCAAGCCGGCCGCCGCCGGCCUCAAGGGCCCCGCCGAGGGCCAGGAGCCUCUGGUGCAGCUGGUGCAGGCCUUCCUGCGCCACAUCCAGCGCUAGCCACCGACCGCCCGCCGUCACCACCACCACCCCUCUCCCCCCCGCGCUGCACGCCUGGGGGGGUUAAAAAAACGACCACCCUCGACCAACACCACCACCAACCCUCUCUGAGUCAUCCAUACAGCCCAGCAGUCACCGCUCGUUCGCCCGUUACAAGUCGCUCUGUGUAGUCGGGGAUUUCGGGCUUUGGCUGCGGAGGGAGUCAUAUCCGAGAGAAUGGAAUGGACAGAUGGAUGGGUCAGUCAGACAGUCAGUGUGGCCUGGCCUGGUUUCUCUGGUGCCAAAGCGCAUGUGUUUUUCUUAGUACAGUUGUGUGUGCGUGUGUGUGUGCGUGUGUGUGUGUGUGUGUGUGUGUAUGUGUGUGCGCGUGUGUGUGGUACACAGACCAAGAUCACUCAGUCUCUGAGUUCCAAAAGCCUCCGUGUGGAUAUGUAAGGGAUUUUUGUUUUUACACUCAAGACACAAACACAUGUGUGUAAUGUAUAUCCUUCCUCAAUCACACCGUUGUCUUUGGCAUGCCUAGUUUUAUAGGCUGCAUCCAACACCGCUGUAUCCUCAGUACCCAUCACCGUUUAACAUGACCAGUCAGGAAAGACUAUGAGAAGUUACCUGUACUCGAGACAUGUUCAGAUAUAUAAUUUGAGAGAGAGAGAGGGAUAUUGGCAUGGCUCGACAGUACUGUGUUACUGUUUUUGUUUUCGUGUGUGUUCGUCUUUCAUGAAUUCAGCCUUUUCUAUAAUUCCUCUAAAACACAUGUACAACCAUCACUUUUACUGUGGUGGUGUUCUGCCUAUACUCCAAGUAUUUUUGUCUUUGUCUAUUAUGUGUGUGUAUAUGUUUGUGUGUGUGUGUGUGUGUGUGUGUGUGUGCGCGCGCGUGCCUGCGAGUGUAUUGAUGGAAAGUUGAAGCUAAAAGAAUGAUACUAAGCAUGAUGUUGAUGCUCGAGAAGAAGAAACUGUUUUUUUGUUACAGUCUGUUUAUACAAAAAAAAUAAACAAUUUUUAUAGAGCAGUAA